AAAUUCACUGAAACCCUUUUAGUAACGUUGUUAAAGUUAAAAUGCUGUUAGAUUUUGAGGAAUUUUGCAGCUAAACAAAGAAAUUAAAUAAAAUGUUAAAUCUAUGGUACUGUUGAAGUUAAGGUGUUACAUAUAGUGAACCAGCAUUUUCACAGACCAGGAUAGGCCAUAAAACCUGUUGCCUCAGCCAUAAUUAAAGUUCAAACUCACGGCUGCCCAUUAAUGCCAAAAACAUAAUGCCCGGGCAUCAAUUAAAAAUGUAUAAUUGAAUGCAACAAUUACAAUUGGCGGAGUCGGCCGAAAGAACUGCACGACCUCGACAUGCAAAAGCCGAAAGCCAGCCGCUCUCCGGUGGACGUUGCCCCGAAAGAGAGCCGGCUGAGAGCUUGUGUAAGCCAAGUGGAACGUAAGAGAGACUGGUCUUAGCGGCUUUUACUGUUAGCCGGCCCUCGCUAGCGAUCGCGCUAGCAGCUGACUUCAGUCUGCCGCUCGCUUGGCUACGAGGCGGACGCACUUGCUCCACACUGCUCUCCAGUCUCCCCAGCUGGAAACCCGUUCGCGACCGUCGCGCAUGCCCCGUGUGUUUCGUAAUUGCGAUCGCGCCGUGUCCCAGUUUCUUGGCGUUCGCUUUUCAUUUCGUUGCGGUGGAAUCGCUCGACUGUUGUGUUGGCCAACCGAAAUGCCUCAUUGAGUUGUGGCCCAAGCCGACAAACCAAAGCAAGCGGCCAAGUGAUGUGCAAUCGACUCGACCCGCCGCCAGGAUUUAGUUUGGGAUUAAGACAACAACAGCAUGAGAUCGCAUGUGGCCGUUUACAGGGCGCCAGAAACAGCACCACCACCCAACUACGCUCCGCUGCGAUACCAUCAGCAUCAGUUGAACCAUUGGCCGGGAAGCCAGCAACAGCAACAGCAGCAGCAGCCUGCUCCAGCUCCUGCCUACCGACUGCAUCAUGGCCCGCCGGCUGCGCCACCACCCAAUUGGGCAGCGCAAUCGUCUGGCCCACCACCUCAACCUGGUGGCUAUGGAGUGGUCAACCAGCAGCGGAUCAAUGAGUGCGCCGGCAUACCACUCAUCUCAAAUGCUUCCAGUCAUUUGUCGCCUGCCCAGCGCCAGAGAUUGCUGAGGAAAUCCACUACGAAAACAUGUCCAUCAUGGCCACCUGGUGGGGCCACCAUGUCCCAGCUGGCUGUGCAUGCCCAGGGCAUGCCGCUGCUCCAGCAGAAUGGCAAGCAACAUCUCCAACAGCAGCAGCUGCAGCACCAUCAACCACAUCAUCACCAUCAUCCUGUUCCGACCAACUGGAGUGCCUAUCAGACGAUGAGCAGUCAGGCAGGAUUUAAGUUGGCGGACAAAUCCCGAGCCCUUCGGUACCAGAACUCUGCACCACCCGUUCUCAGCAGUCAGGAGAAGCCGGCAAAUAAUGCUUCCAGCCAGGAUCAGGCCCCUUCUCCUGCAGAGACUUGUCUGCCCAGGAUUAUCAAACCGAGAAAGCGGCGCAAAAAGGAUCGCAAGCCGGGCAAUGGCGUGCUACUUAAAAUGGAAUCCGAUAUGCAGCCCAAGAUUACCAGCCCACGAGAAGGUUAUCCCUCGGGAGGAGGAGGCGGAUCUUACCACCUGCCACCUGGAAUACUGCAGCAUGAUCACACGCACGGAGUGUGCUUUUGUCGAGAGUGUGACCCACUGCGUUCCCUGUGGGAUUAUCCACUCCGGCGAUCGCUUUCCGAUGCCUCAUCCAGCGAACAAGGAGGCGGCAGUAGGGAGUCCUCUUCCUCCACCUCAUCCACGCACUCGGACAGCUCCUGCGAUAGCUCCAUUUGCAGCCAGAGCCUGCCCAGCUCAUCGGCUUUGCGGGAGGAGACCACAGAGGAGUUUGCUCCCAUCACCGGCGACAGCAGUCGGGCGGAAAUUGUGGGUGUUAUCGGAUCCCAGCGCAGUCAUCCGAGUGCUGUGACCACGCCCUCUCAGUGCAUGAGCGAUGACUCCGGCUACGGCGACAUCCUGAGUGGUAUUAACAUAGCCAACGAUCUGUUUGGCAAUUGCUUCAGAGGCGGUAAACUGGGCCACGCCUCCCCGUCGAUUUCCGCCCAGGCGGAGACGCUGCUGGAUGAGAGCCUCAAUGAGAUAUCGCGCAAGCUGAUCGAGACAUGCAAUGCGGCCGAUCAGGCCGGAUCGGGAUCGGGAGCAGCCAGUGACAGCGGAUUGGAUAGCGCUGGCAGCCACAACUGCGAAUCGGGCCUCGUCUUUAACUUUGAGCAUUUGAAUCUGACGGAUGUGACGCCCACAGCCUUGGAUUUUCUUGUGGACUGCAACAACAACAAUAGCAGCAACGGCAACGGCAACAGUUUGGGCUUAAUGUGGCGCGGGGGAAGGCAGCCAAGUGGAGGUGGCAGCCACGAUGACAGCCAAGUGGCAGCUGCCAAACUGGGCCCAGACAGCCGGGCCACACCCACCAGGCUGAUACUGGGCACGGUGGGUAAGCUGAAGCCAGCGUUUUCCACCAUCUCGUGACGACGACGCCAGUGGAAAACUAAUCAAAAAUCCAUAGGCAAGAAAAAUGAGAAACGACGAGAUAUCGCAGCCCAGAAAGUGGCUCAUUUUGCGACGAUUUGGAGAAACGUGAGACGAGAUAACGAUGCGUGGGCGGUUUGGGAUUGGGAAAUGUAAAUCUCCUGAAAGCAUUUUUAAAUUUCUACCCAACCCAAGUUGCGCAACUCCAACGAUCACAGCGAAGAAAGAAGAAAACCCAUUAAAUGGAUAUAACGCACAUGUGAGACGAUCAUCACAUCAUCAUCACCAUCAUCAUCGACAUCGCGAUCAGAGCGAAAAACAAAAGGCCAACGAGUUGACCAAAUGGGCCCUGGCAGGCAGUUGGAUACGAUCCCCGGCUAAAUGGAAACUUAUGAAGACAGGCCGGGACUGGAAACCUUGUACAUACCACAUACACACUCUGACUACGAAUCCAAAUCCGAAUCCGACUUCCACUUCAACUUUCACUUUCACUGCGGCGGCGACGGCGACGGCGUUUUGUAUAUCUUUAUUUUUUAAGACAUUUUUCUUUUCUUUUUCUUUUUGCCAAGACCACAGAUCCACAGAUGACGGAGCUGCGGGUGGGGGUUACGGGAAGGGUGCGACUCUUAUGCAGAUUUUGUGGCGCAAAAAGAAGAAGAAACUGUAGAAAUCGUAUAGAGAUACGAUGUGAACCCUAAAGAUACUUUAAUCAUACCCAUAUCUAUAUCUACUUUUUACAUACAUUUAAUUGUUGUUGUUAUUUGUGCAUUAACGUUACCCCAUAGGGUCAAAAAUCAGUCCAAUCUUACUCCCCGAGAUCUGGAAUUUUUUUUUUAGGGAGGGCCGUGUGUUAACUUUUAUCUUUGAGCUUAAGCAACGUUCCUACAUAUUAGUUGUGUAUCUCUAUCGUUUUUGGGUUCUAUUUAAUGUUAUUUGAUUAGUUGGUUUGGUUUUUAUAUAGUCCGUAAUCGAUGCGCUACAACGUGAACUUUUAUAGUUGAUAAGUUUGGCUAAGGCCUAAGUUAUCCUUAGAUUGGGGGAAUAGAAAGGAUCUCUAAAGGUUUCAUUAAAGUCUUAAAUGAUUUCGCAAUGCUAUUUUCAAAUCUAUGCACAAUGCGUUUCAAAAAGAUAAGGUAUUUGAGCUAAGCAUCGAAGGCAUACAAAAAAAAUAUAGUUUUUAUUCAAUUUUAAAAAUUAAAAAAAAAAGUAGUAUUCGAUUUAUGCAGUUUUUAAAAACUCCAAUUAAAAUUUUCUGAAAAUCCUUAGUGAUUAAUAAGCACAAGAAUCAUUUUCGUUUGAACAAAUGUAACAAACAAUUGCCUUACAGUUUUGAAAAGCAUUGUGUACCCCUGAAUUGUGAACUCAUUCGAUUGAAUAUUCAUAAAUUUAAAGCGAGAGUUUAAUUCUUUGAGGCAAUUAUUCAUGGGCGAUCGGUAUCAUAUCAUGUUAUAUGUUCAAAUUAAGAUUCACAUUUCCGACUUCUCUGCAAGUUGAGGCACAUAAAACAGCCGAAAGAAUUUCUGGUGCACAAUUAAUUCCGACUGAGAUCACCAAGCAUAAAAUCUAAAUCUGAAAAUCGAGAGCAGCCCUAGUUACCUGCUUAGCUGUUGUAGUUGGCGAGUAAAAGUUUUCGCCUUUUUUUAAUUAAAAGAAACUCACGAACGCGCAGCGCGCCUCAGAAAUUGCUUGAAGUUUUCCGCUCUGCUCGACUCCGGCCCGACUUGGCUUGAAUUAACUUGGCUCGAAUCGUGUUGGCUGAGAGUCGCCGUCGGUCUCAGCAUCGCGCCGUUGGAAAAUGUCACAGAUUUUCCAUUGGCAGGUUCCGGCAGACAGUUUGUGUUACCAUUCCCCAGAUAGAAAUUACCACUCGAAGCUAAUUUAUUUAAUUAAUAUUUUCACUAGUUCGUAUUGUGCUCCCUCGUAUUAUUGUAGUGUUUGUUUGUUCGUAAGCAUCGUUUUUGCACAAAUAACAAUCCUAUAGUUAACCCAUCAAUACCACACUACACUACAUUUGUAACCCACACAAAAGAACACAAUAUUUAUUUUGAUUAAGCCCGAACGAGAACUCAAUAAAAAGUGUAAACAAAAAUGUCAAACAAAAA